AUGGAACAGAGUUCUUCUAACCCUACAAAAACUAUUGACAUGUCAGCGUCCACAGAAGACACACGAGAUCCACCACCAAAACAAAUGUUACCCAUUAAGCCGCCAUUUCCACCAACGAUUAGUGUCGAUGAUUUGGUUACUUCUAGACCGAAUGGAGACAAACCUUCAAAGGCGUCAAAUGCUUUUAUGAUAUAUCGUAAAGCAUACGUUAAGGAACUACAUUCAAGAGGAAUCAACCUUCAAAUGACACAAAUUUCUCCCAUAGUCUCAGAAUCGUGGAAAAAGGAAUCGGAAAGUGUCAAGGAGGAAUAUAAACGUCUCGCCGAAGCCGCAAAAAAAAGAUAUAAAGAGAUAUGGCCGGCAAAACAGAAACGUCGACAUAGAAAGAAGCAACUACCACCCAUACCACCGUCCCUAUUUUUAGAAGAUGCCUCGAAAUUAUAUUCCUCGCAACCACAAUUUUCCUCUGGAAGCACUUGGGAAGUUCCCUCCUCUUCCUGGCAACCAUCAUCCAAUCUAUCAUAUGUCAACUUAAGCAAUAGCAUACAAAGUAACAAUUCCGCAUAUACUUCGACAUAA